AAGAUGUCGGUGAGCCCGACAACAGACAUCGAGCAGGAGGGAGAGAGUGGGCUUCUCAUCGAGCCCUGCAGUCGAGGCAAGACCUCCCCUCAACCACAGGGCACUAAGGAGGGGACAGGGGAGGGCCUGGAGCCCGAGGAUAGCUCCUUACAGGAUGCACAGAAACGAGGUUCUAACCAUAGCCAUGGCAGGAAAAGGCCCAAGUCUAAUGCCAAACUGAAGCUGGUACGGAGUCUGGCAGUGUGUGAGGAGUCUGGUCCAUUCUCCAAUGAUGGAACUCCAGAAUCGGAUAUCAUCCAGCUUCACAUCAGCUGUCCAUCAGACAAGGAGGAGGAGAAGUCAUCAAAGGAUGAAUAUGAAAAUGAUGAGAAGGAGAAGAAGGACAAGACUCCACGAAAGAUGCUCUCACGUGACUCCAGUCAGGAAUACACCGAUUCCACGGGCAUUGAUGUUCACGAGUUUCUGGUCAACACACUGAAAAACAACCCCAGGGAUCGAAUGAUGCUGCUCAAACUAGAACAAGAUAUCCUGGAGUUCAUUAAUGACGACAAUAACCAGUAUAAGAAGUUUCCACAGAUGACUUCUUAUCACCGUAUGCUGCUGCACCGUGUGGCUGCCUACUUCGGCAUGGACCACAAUGUGGAUCAGACUGGCAAGGCUGUCAUCAUCAACAAGACGGGCAACACACGCAUCCCUGAGCAAAGGUUCUCUGAACACAUCAAGGAUGAGCGUAAUGUGGACUUUCAGAAGAAAUUCAUCCUGAAGAGAGAUGAUGCUAGCAUGGACAAGGAUGAUAAUCAGAUCCGUGUGCCGCUGCAGGACGGGCGGCGUAGCAAGUCAAUUGAAGAGCGAGAAGAGGAGUAUCAGCGAGUACGGGACAGGAUCUUUGCCCGAGAAGUGUCCUAUUUUUUACAGUCUUCUCAAAAUGGAUACAUCAACGACAGCAGAGGGAAUCGUGAGAGCUCCAGCCGGGCAUCUAGCAGUCGUCAAAGCAGCACAGACAGUGACAUGAAAUGCCUGGAGCCACGGCCCUGGAGCAGCACUGACUCAGACAGCUCCAACCGCACCCUCCGGCCACCCGUCACUAAGGCCAGCAGCUUCUCCGGCAUAUCCAUCCUCACCAGAGGGGAUAGCCUCGGCAGCAACAAAGGCUCACAGGGAAGCUGCAAAGGCUCACGAUCUGGCCUGUCCCUAGUCAGUCCUGAUGUGUGUCCCCCACCCGCAGCCUCCCAGUCCAGUCGUAGCCUGCUUCCCUGCCCAUCACAACAGCCACAGCCCCAGGUCCAGCCUCAGACUGCCCUGCUGCCCACCCCACAGCAACACCCCAUGGGAAACCACAUGAUCGCUCAGGCGGUGGCAUCUCUGCAGCCCUCUCAGCCCGUCUCCUACUCCAGCCCUUCCUGCCCCCAGGUUCUCCUGCCAGUUUCUCCUCCCCAGCAGUACACAAUGGGAGAAGAGCUGGCGCCCCAGUUCACCCAGAUGACGCUGAGUCGGCAGGGGUCCAGUGAGAACCCUGAGCCUCAAACUAUGUAUCAGGCUGCUCCCACGGUGCUGUCCCAGCACCCCCCUCCACAGACCGGCUACAUCAUGGCAACCACAGGCCAGCCAAUGCAGCCUCCGUCUGGGUACCAGCCUGCAACUGGACACCCUCAUCCUCCACCUCCACCACCCCCCCCAUCGCAGUCUGUAAUGCAGGCUCCACCGCCCCCACAAGGCUACAUGCAGCCCCCUCCACCGCAACAGAUACAGGUGUCAUACUAUCCUCCUGGUCAGUAUCCCAGCUCAGGCCAGCAGUACCGUGUGCCCCAGCCCAUGUCUCACCAGGUGUCUUAUCCUGCCCAGCGCACACAACCUAUGCCUCAGCCCACACAGCAGUCAGGUAUCCAGACGAUGAUGCCCAGCCAGCAGCCAAGCUACCAGAGCAUGAUGGGUGUGCAGCAGCCCCAAAACCCUGGUCUGCUCAAUUCCCAGAGGGCAGGAAUGGGAGGACAAAUGCAAAGCAUUAUGGUCCAGUACCCACAGAUGCCAUCAUAUCAGGUGCCUGUGGGAAAUGAAAAUCAGCAGGUGGUGCAGCAGCAGUACCAGCAGCAGGUGAUGGUACCAGUCAGCCAGUCUGUGCAGGGGCCCAUGCCUGUCUACUACAGUGUUAUCACACCCACACAGCAGAAUAGCACAAGCCCGUCUGUGGGUUAUCUGCAGCCCAGCAAUGAACAGUAUCAAAUCACACAGUCACCAUCCCCCUGCAACCCCCAGCAGUUGCAGCAGCAAUAUUCAGGAGUUCCCCCUCCUGGGCCUGGGGUGAUGGUCAUGCAGCUCAGCGUCCCCAAUGGACCACAGCCUUCCCAGAAUCCUCCACUGGUUCAGUGGAACCCAUGCAAGUACUACAGCAUAGAGCAGAGACCCAGCAAGCCAGGAGAGCUCUACAAGCCUGACAACACUCCACAGGCCAGUUCCCAGCUGACAAGUCCCCUGGCCUCCCCCACUCAGUCGCCCACCCCAUCUCCCUCUGGCAGUGUCAGCAGCGUCUGUCCAGGCCUUGGACCAUUACCCCUCAUUUCCCAGUUUCCCCGGCCAGGAGGACCAGCCCAAGGAGAUGGGCGCUACUCUCUGUUGGGGCAGCCUCUCCAGUACAGCCUUUGUCCGCCUGGCCUCAUACAUGGCCCGUCCUCCUACAGCUCCCAUCAGGGCCAAGGAGUAAUGAAACACGGGUCACGAGGAAAAAAACAACCACUCAAAUCUCUAUCAACAGAUCUCGGCACCACUGAUGUUGUGGUGAGUCGAGUGCUCGAGGUCACGGACCUGCCGGAGGGGAUUUCACGCCCAGAGGCCGAAAAGCUCUUCAACCAGCUGUCAAUGUGCGGUGCCAAGAUCCAGUGGCUGAAGGAGCCCCAGGGCGGCCGCGGAGGAGCGGGGGGGUGCGGCCCGUGUCCCGGCGCGGGGCCGUCCAGCCGGGGGGGGAAGUGCGACGGCCACGACCCAGCUCACCUCUACACAGUAGUGGCAGUGUUUCCCAGCACCAUGGCCGCCCAGAGUGCUUCCUUCAAACUCAACAACAGCGGAGCCAGCCUCUUCAAGCUGAGGGCCGCCAAAAAGAACUAUGACCUGCGCGUGCUGGAGAGAGCCAGUUCUCAGUGAAGGAAAACCAGAGCGGGAGGAGAGAAGGAAAGUGACAAGAGACAGAAAGAGAGAGAGAGACUCUUGGUGGAUUGGUGGAGAAGGAAGGUGGACUGAGGGGGACUGCUCUAGGUGUACAAUUCAAAAACGAGAAAAGAAAAAAAAAAACUUGAGUUAAACUUAUAAAAGGGAAGAAGGUGUGAAUCAGGAGGUGGCUGGUGAUCGGUUGCAAAUAUGAUUUUGUCGUUUGUUUUUAUUCAUUGUUUUUGUGUUGUAUUUAUAUAGCGGAAGAGCACACAAGACACGUGAGCAUGUGUUUCACUGUUGCCGUGGAAUGUGUGCUGCCAUUAUACAAUAACAUGCAAUGACACACACACACACACACACACAC